CAGCCUUCUCCCCUCCACCAUGUCAUGAUUUGGUGCUUGCAUCACUUCCACUUCCCUUCCUAACGAAAAAUAUAGAACAGGAAAAUAAUAAUGGCAUCUACAUCCUGGCGCACCGAAUACACCCAAUCCCUCCACGACCGCGACGAACGACAAAAAGCCUCCUACGCCCGGAUCGAUAAUUCCCUCAUCAACGCCUGUAAACCUUCCUCUGCCCCUCAUUCCCAUCUCUCCAUCCCCUCCCUCAACCCAAUCCAACUAACCACACCCAGUCACCGACCUCCUCGCCCGUACCAGCGCUCUAGAAGCCGAAAAAGCCGCAACCGCCGCUUCCCAACCAACUCCCUCCCCCUCCACCUCAAACUCAGCUCUCAAACCACUCCCGCCCUCCAAACGAACUGGAUCAGAUUCACCCACCACCGACCCCUCAGCCGUGCAACUCAAGUCCGAUCUAGCACAAGCCUUACUCAGCAAUACAACCCUUCAAACGCGGUUGAAAAACGCAGAAGCAGCGUUGGCAAAGGUACAGACGCAGAGUAAAUCCGACAGCAAGGCGUUGGAGACGGUCACGCGGGAGAGGAAUGUGUUGAGUCAGAAGGUGAGGGAUCGAGAUGAGGAGUUGAGGGGGAAGGCUAGGUUGUUGGAUGUAAGUCGUCUACUCUAUUUUGAUGAGUGGAUGGAGGGGGUGGAUGGGAAAGGUGGGGUGCUAAUAUUUCAUUAUAGGAGGUACAGGAUGAAGUACUAUCGCUUAACUUACAACUCAAUAUGUCUGAACAGACCAUUAAAAAACUGAAGACCGAGAAUAAGGAGCUCAUCGAUCGUUGGCUGGCGUACAAGGGACGAGAAGCAGAGGCUAUGAAUAACGCUUUAUGAUAUCUACGAAAGUCUCACCAUUCAAAAUACCACCAUCAUAUCACAUUACACCAGAAAGAAACAGAAAACAAGGGUAUACAGUAAUAAUGUUUAUUAUGUUGUUUUUUGGUUGUUUGUCCGCUCAGCCGCUCGCUCUGUAAGUGUAUCAUAAUCUCUAAAAUCCACGCUGAUCAUACCCUCAUAAACUCUUCAUAAUACAGUCCGCCUAGACCAGUUGUUUGGUAUAUCCAACUAGC